GAACAGGCGUCACUGUAAAUACCGAGAACCGGCUCUCCCGGCCACUUCACACCUUCACACCGUAAACAUUCGGCCGCAGCAGCAGCGGACAGAAAUAAGAGGAUGAUGAAGAACGGACACCAUGCGGCGGUCCGAGCCGGAGAGGAGGCGCAGGGGAGGCCGGGGACGGUGUCGGUGUCCUGCAGUCCCGAGAAGAGGAGACGGGUUGUGCGAGUGUGGUGUGACGGAUGCUAUGACAUGGUCCAUUAUGGACAUUCAAACCAACUACGACAAGCCAAGGCUAUGGGGGAUUAUCUCAUAGUGGGAGUGCAUACUGAUGAAGAGAUCUCGAAGCACAAAGGCCCACCCGUCUUCACACAGGCUGAGAGGUACAAGAUGGUGCGCGCCAUCAAAUGGGUGGAUGACAUAGUGGAGGGUGCCCCCUAUGUUACCACUCUGGAGACUCUGGACAAAUACAACUGUGACUUCUGUGUACAUGGAGAUGACAUCACUCUGACAGUGGAUGGAAAGGACACAUAUGAAGAAGUGAAAAAAUCUGGCAGAUACAGAGAGUGUAAGAGGACUCAAGGUGUGUCCACCACAGACCUGGUUGGACGCAUGCUCCUGAUGACUAAAGCUCACCACAGCAACAUAGGAAGUUCAGAUUAUCAGCAGCACACAGACAACUUUGGAAGGGGUCCAAAGGGUCACAGCCCCUGGACAGGGGUGUCUCAGUUUCUGCAGACGUCCCAAAAAAUCAUCCAGUUUGCCUCGGGGAAGGAGCCGCAGCUGGGGGACACCAUUAUAUAUGUGGCUGGAGCCUUUGACCUUUUCCAUAUUGGCCAUGUGGAUUUUUUGGAGGCAGUAUACAAGCUUUCAGACAAGCCAUAUGUUAUUGUGGGGUUACAUUUUGAUCAGGAGGUGAACCGUUACAAAGGAAAGAAUUAUCCCAUCAUGAACAUCCAUGAGAGAACGCUGAGCGUUCUGGCCUGCCGGCAUGUCUCAGAGGUGGUGAUUGGAGCCCCAUACACAGUUUCAAAGGAUUUGCUGGACCAUUUCAAAGUGGAUCUUGUUUGUCACGGAAAGACGGAAGUGUUUCCAGACAGAGAUGGCUCAGACCCCUAUGCUGUACCUAGGAGGAAAGGUAUACUACGGAUUGUAGACAGUGGAAACACACUUACCACCGAUGACAUUGUGCAGAGGAUAAUAAAAAACAGGCUGCUGUUCGAGGCCAGGAAUCAGAAGAAGGAGGCAAAAGAGAUGGCAGUGAUCCAGGCCAUGAAGAGGCGGGAGGAGGAAAAGGCGAAAGAGAGAUCUCAGGCUGUGCUGUAGAACAUCGAGUACAAAACACUGACCCUGAAACGCCCCAAGCCCUCUUCAGUUCAACCUCCGAUGUGUCCUUAUACACUCUCCGUUACACUGGAGUAGUUCUUGUACUGUGUGUGUGAACCAGGGCUGAACGAUAUGGACAAAAUUUCAUAUCUCGAUAUUCAUGCCAGAUAUCUCGAUAUCGAUAUCGAUACGAUACGAUAUGACUACGGGUUCGGUGAAAACCAAGCAUUUUUCAGAAAAAUACAAACAUCAUAAUACAAAAAAAUGUGGAAAAUGCAGUUUUAUUUUUAAGAACUCACUGCCAGUCAUCAACAUUAACAUAAAUUACGAAUAAAUAAAUUACAAAUCAAACAUUUUCCUGCAGCUCUGCUUUAACAAUAGGUCUGUGGUUGUGGCGAAAUGAUCGAUUUCACGGAGCUCGGAUUCAACAUUCAUUUUGCACUCAUUAUAGCGUUUCGGAAUGGCCGCUUGAUUAAAAUGUGUGCGGGAUGGUAUUUUAUAACGCUUGUCCAGCGUCCGAACCAUUUUUUAAAGCCCUCUUUCGAGACUGUGUACACAGGUACCAUGUCUUUUGCAAUGUGGUAUGUUAUAGCGUCUGUAAUUUCUUUAUGUCUGGUGGACGUCGACUCGUACGGCGUAACGCUACUGAACGCAUCAGCAAUCAAACUUUGCUUUGGCUUAUUUUGGGCUGACUGAGAAGUCCCCGGUGUUUCUCUCAUUGUCAUACACUCUUCGUGCAGCACGCGAUGGUGUUGUUUCAGGUGGUGAAACAUGUUUGUUGUGCUUCCUUGCUUCGUCGCAAUUUUUGCUAAGCACGACCUGCACAACACCUCACUCUGGUUAACAUCGUCCUUUUUGAAUACGAAAUACCUCCAAAUAAUGGAGGAUGAUUUAUGUUUUGGCACCAAGUCAGAUUCUGCACCGCCACCGGCCGCAUUAUCUUCCACACUCAUUUUCUUUCUUUUUAAUUUCCCCGCUGUGUCUGUAGUGUGCGCGCGCGUCAGUCUCCGUCUCCCUCACUCCCGCCCUCAUAUGUUUGUCAUUGGUUGGCUUCAGCUGUCGAUCCACAGCAAGCAUGAAAUAAGGUUUGUGGUUGGCUGGGCUUAGCGGUGCAUUCAAGGGCAAUCGUAAAAAUGAUGUUUGUUGUGACUGCCAGAGCUGUACAUGCGGGGAGGGGAAAUCUAUAUCGUUGCUUUUUCGAUAUUAAUAUCUUGAAUGUUCAUAUCUAGAUAUAGAUACGAUAACAAUAUAUCGUUCAGCCCUAGUGUGAACCACCAGCAGCUGUGAUGAAACUCACUGUUAGCAUUACCAAAAUCUUUGUAAACUGCUUGUUUUGUUAGGAGUGUGUCAGGAAAAAUGUGUGGCUGAAAAACCCUCCUCUAAAACAGGUGUGUGAAAGAGAAUACAGUGAUCUCGGAGCACUACUGAUAACCCCCUGCUAGUUAACAGGACAGAUUGGGGUUAAUGAGAACACACACACAACGAAUGCCACAGUGACACACAGCUAAACAACUGCGGUUUUUAUCUAGACGUCACAGAAAACGCGUCUAACUUCAGUCAUUUUAAUUUACAAGCAUUUUAUAUGUAAUAUUUGUAAUCAGCCACCCUUACUUAUUCAGAGCAACCGAAACAGGACUGCUUUGUUGUCUUGAAAAUAUCUUCACAUUAAUUUAAAUACCAUUAAGACGAAACCCGGUUUGAGAGGAGUUUACACAGGUAUGAAAACGGAGUGCAAGUGGAGGUUUUUUUUUUUCUUCCCCUCAUUACAUAAAUCACAUGAACGUUGCCUUUGUAAAUCUGCUUGCUCUUUGUCGCCAUGCCUCAGUAUUAAAACUGUGCAAAUGAUCUGAAAAGACAUUAUAUGAAGGCUGUUAGAAGGGAUUCUUAGUGUUUUAAGGUUUAGGACAUUUCUUUCCCCUUAAUGGUGGCAUUCCUGUGUGAACAAUUCACGAGGACAAUGUUACGGUGGCCGGGAAGUGCAAAACAAAAUUACAAAAUGUGAAACACCUUUGCAAAACACUUUUUUACCAAGGACA